GUUUUAUGAUUAUUGACCAUGGAAAUUUACGUGCUGUCUCUACUUUUGUUGGGUGUCCUGGUCCUUACAGAGACCUGGGCUGGCUCUCACUCCCUGAAGUAUUUCUACGCCGCCAUGUCUCAACCCGGGCUAGCAAAACCAAGGUUCAUCUCCGUAACCUACGUGGACGAUCAGCAGGUCUUGAGCUUCGACAGCGACCGUGAGAGCCAGAGCACGGAGCCCAGGACGCCAUGGAUCAAGCAGGAGAUCCCGGAUUACUGGGAGCGUGAGACGCAGAUCUCCAGAGAAGCCACGCAGCGUUAUCGAAUGUGCCUGCAGAAAGUGUCCUCAUACUAUAACCACAGUGAGGGAGGGGUUCACACAUACCAGCGACUGUCGGGCUGCGAGGUAUUCUCCAACGGGAGCUUCAGCCGUGGCUUCGUGCAAUAUGCCUACGACGGGCAGGACUACCUGGCGCUGGAUACCGAGACUCUGCGUUGGAUCGCGGGGAACACCGGGGCUCUGAACAAUAAGCUCAAGUGGGAAGCAGAUCAAAGCGUUGCGAAAUAUUGGAAGGGAUAUAUGCAGGAGGAGUGCGUGUACUGGCUUCACAGAUACCUGGAGAACGGAAAGCAGACACUCCUUAAGACAGAUCCGCCCUAUGUGCAAGUGACCAGACACACAAGUUCUGACGGGAAAGUGACCCUGCGGUGCCGGGCCCAGGACUUUUACCCUGCGGAGAUCUCUCUGACUUGGCUGAGGGAUGGGGAGGAACAGCUCCAGGAGACGGAGCUCAUUGAGACCAGACCUGCGGGAGAUGGGACCUUCCAGAAGUGGGCAGCUGUGGGGAUGCUCUCUGGAAAUGAACAGAAAUACACCUGCCGAGUACAGCAUGAGGGACUGCCUGAGAGGCUCUUCCUGAAAUGGGAGCCACAGUCCUCAUCCGUAGGACUCUCUGCAGGGGUCAUCACUGCUCUCCUUCUCCUCCUCGCUGCAGUCAUUGUCGGGGUUGUGAUCUGGAGGAAAAAUACUUCAGAUGAAAACAGAGGGAGCUAUAUUACAACUGAAAGUAGUGAUAGUGCCCAAGGAUCAGAUGUCUCUCUUACAGCAAAAGCCUAAGGGAGCUACAACAAACCAGAGGCACCUAUUUCUCCAUUUCCUUUCUCAUUUCUGUUACCCUGCCCCCCAAUUCUCUCCCUAUACUGGUUUCUGUGAUCAAGCCCAUAUGCCUACCAGACAAACCUUAUAGUAGGGAGCAUCGGUGCCCUCACCCUAUUAUUUUCUGCCUUCUCUUCAUCCACCUGUUUUCUCUCUGUUUUGCCAGAUUUCACAGGGAGAAAAUUAGAUUGGGAGGCAGAAAGAUUUUACACUUUCCCUUUCUCCCCAGUUGUUACACCGAACAACUUUUUCUUUAGAGAUCUUUUUCUUUAGAGAAAUAAUUUUUUCCCUAAGUCCUGCUUUGGUUGCAUUCCAUAAAUUUUGGUAUGCUGUCUCAUUGUUGUC